AUGUCAUCCAAUAAACAAAAUGGCAAUGAUGGUGAUAAUGAUGCACGAACAAUAGAUCAUCGUGCAAACUCAACCCAUAGAGACGAUUGUGUAAACUCACUAACACCUGAUGUUGACAAUAUACGUCUUAGAUCGACAUCAAGUUCUCCUGACAAUUUACGUUCUUCUCAGAAAGCUUCUUGCCGAAAUGGGUUAAAGUGCUUCAAUUCAUUUUGCAAAUGUGAUCACCCGUCUGGAUGGAAGACAUGUGAACGUGGAGCGAAAUGCAAUGACUUUGAUUGUCAGGCAAAUCAUCCGUUUGAUCGAAAAAAAUGCUGUAGAAACGGUGGUGCUUGUAGGAGACGCGGAUGCGAGUUUUUACAUCCUGUAAAAUUGUCAGAUAAAUGUCGAGACGGAGUUGAAUGUCGACUUUGGAAUUGUGGAAAAUGGCAUCCUGGAGGCCGUCCAAAAGAUUGUCCUUUCGGUAAGCAAUGCUACAACACAGACUGUCAAAGUGUUCAUCCAUCUGAUAGACACUUGUGUCCACACAGUGUAGAAUGUACAGAAAUCAAUUGUCAAUUAGAUCAUCCUAAGGGCCGUGCGAUUGCUUGCACACAAGCAAGUUCCUGUGAUAAUUAUUUUUGUCAAUUCUUGCAUCCUGAUGAUUGGGACCCGUGUGAAAAAGGCAGCGAAUGUGAAAAUACAAUAUGUCCACACACUUGUCAUUCUUUGAAUCGAAUUUUACGUCAACAGCAAAUACAAGGUGGUGUCGAACAACAAUCACAAGCGUGCUCAAUAUUAAAGUCCGUCAAACAGCGUAAUAUCGAACGAGAAAAAGCAAAAUUACCUAUUCUUGCUGCAAAAGAUGAGUUUUGCCGACGGUUGGAAAAAGAACGAGUACUUGUUGUCACAGCAGAAACUGGUAGUGGGAAAAGUACUCAACUACCUCAAUAUGCUGCUGAAUACUUUGGUGGUUUGGUCGUUUGUACUCAACCAAGGGUGAUCACAACAAUGUCUCUUGCGCGUCGUGUAGCUGACGAAUAUGAUGGGACCUCGGUGGGAAGAUCAGUUGGGUAUCGAGUUGGUCAAUCCAGUGUUGGAAGAGAAAGAAAUCGAGUUCCUGGAACAGAUAUUCUCUUUAUGACUGACGCUAUUUUUAUUCAAGAAAGUCAAGACGAUUAUCAGUUGAGCAAUGUUCGAGUGUUGAUCAUUGAUGAAGCGCAUGAACGAGCUUUAAAUACCGACAUUGUUUUGGGAAUUGCAAAACUGUUACUAAUUACACGACCAACUGAUUUCUAUGUUGUCAUUGCUUCAGCUACUGUUGAUCCGGCAAAGUUUCUCGAGUUUUUUCAACAAACAAAUGCCCAUCCAUUGAAAGUUCCAGGUCGCAUUUAUGAUGUGUCUGUCGAAUAUAUUCCCUGCACGGAUGGGCCACUCCUGCAACAUGCCGUUUCUACAACACAGAAAUUGUAUAAUAACCAUCAAGGACACACAUUGGUAUUUCUUCCUGGACAACGUGAGAUCGAUAAUGCUAUACAGCUUUUUAAUCAAAGAACACCCGAUAAUUGCGUUGCAUUGCCGUUCUAUAGUGCUCUUUCGCUAGAACAGCAAGAUCGAAUACUUCAAUUCAAUGAGGAUCCCGAUGGAGUUCACCGAAUGGUCGUUUUCUGUACGAAUAUUGCUGAAACAUCUUUGACGAUAAAAAAUAUUUGCCUCGUCAUUGAUUCUGGACUGGUCAAACAACCUCGUUUCGAUCAUGAAAAUCGCCUGACAGUGAUUGAAACAGUGCAAAUCUCUCGUUCAUCUGCUGAUCAGCGCAAAGGAAGAGCCGGUCGAACAGCACAAGGGCAUUGCGUUCGUCUCUACUAUGAAAAUGAUUUAACUCGUCCUGAUAUCGAACCCGAAAUUCUUCGAACCUCACUUGAUCGUGCUGUCCUUCAACUUGUUUAUUUGGAAUUGAAUCCACAGCAAUUUCCGUUGAUCGAUCAACCUGGACAAACAAUUAUCGAAGCAUCAUUAGAGCUUUUGAAAGAUCUUUCUUGUAUUGAUGAUGAACACAUAAUCACCAAGCGAGGAAAACUUUUUGCCAAACUUGGUCUCCAUCCUCGUUAUAGUGCAUUCUUGCUUGAUACCUAUCUCGAACAUGCUGAUAUUCUCAAAUUGGCAGUUACAAUUGUGGCCAUUUUAGCAGCACCCGGUUCCCUAUUUUUGGUGGGUGGUCUCACUGACGAGGAGAAACAAAUCGUUCAAAACCGCAUUGCCGAUGGUGCUAAGAAACAUGACAGUGAUUUGUUUCAUUUUGUUUCAAUUUACAAAAACUGGCACAUUGCAGGUGCUCUUGAUCCAGUCACGCGCACCUGUUUGACAUGUAGAAAAUCUUGGAAAAUGGAAUAUUCAUGCCGAGAAUGUCGGGCUGCACACAAACAUAAAGAAACAAAUCGUAUUAGAAAAAUCGCUACUAAGCUUUUAGAAAAAUCUCGACAUUUACCUGAUGACGAAGAACGUCUUUUCAAAGAAUAUAAAAAACAACGUUAUGAUAUUGUACAUAAUGAUAUACAGAAAAAGAUUAGUACAAUCACCAAAAUAACGUGCUCAUCAAACGUCUAUCGAAUGAAGAAGGUUUUAUUGAAAAGGGGCAUAUUUAAUUAUCCAAAUAGUCAAGAUUUUCAACGUUUACAACAAGAAUAA